AUGCUGAGCAAUGGGGGCGCGGGGCACGACGGGAGUUGUAGGCACCCCUACAAUGGCGGCCUAGGGAGCCGCGGGGCACGACGGGAGUUGCAGGAGCCGCUGGAGGAGGAGCCGGGAAAGGGACCCGGAGAGACCCCGGCCAAGGAGGCCUCGCCCAGCGCCCCCGGGAAGAGGCCGCCCGGGCGCUUCCCGCAGCAGCGCCGCAAGAAGAGGAGGGAGGGGGGGGAGGGGCCCGAGACGCCCCCCCCGAGACAGAACUCGUUCGUGAUCCGCCUCUUUGACCGCAGCGUGGAGCUGGGGCAGUUCCCGGCCGGGACCCCCCUGUACCCCGUGUGCCGCGCCUGGAUCGGGCACAGCCCCGCGCCCGCGCCCGCCCCCGAGCAGGUCCGUCCAUACCGGUGGCGGGAGGCGGCGCAGCGGCAGCAGCAGCGCUACGGGCCCAGCCUGCGCCUGCUGCGCCUCAUCUACGAGCGGCAGUGA